AUGUCGGGCAAUGCUGGGAUCAGAGUGGGUGGCAAAAUUCCCAAGUCAUUCAACCUAAAGGGCCGUGAACCGCCGCAUACACUGACAACGCAUGGAGUGUCAAGAGGGGGCGUCAUCGAAUUCAAGUAUGAAGUCAAGAACGCCAACAGCGUCAUGAGGUAUGAGUUUCAGACGGAUUGCAAUGACAUCAAAUUCGGGUUUGAUCGCGUGGACGCGAAAGGGAAGAAGACGGCCAUUUUGAAACUGGAGAAGUACAACAGUCACAUGGUACCUGAGAACGGAGAAAUCCUGAUCUCUGAAACUGGCACAUACGUUGCACGAUUUGACAACAGUCACAGCUGGACCAAAUCAAAGAAGCUUUCCUAUUGGCUGGAGCUACUAGAGCCUAGUGACGUAGAACCAGAGUUUCAGGAGAUGGUGGAAGGAGCAGAUAGCAUGAACCUCAACGAUUAAAGAU